GUUUCAGCAAAGAAGAACUCUUGCGUAAUUCGGAUGUGGAGUUGAUGUAGCGAUUAGAACGUCUUUUCAAUUCAUACAUAACGGAUUCUUCUUUGACUGUGAAUCUACAUAUACUUUACUGUCUGCGUUUCAGUAGUUAUUUCUCGAAAAAUUUGGAUGUCUGUCCUUCCACACAUGGAGGAGUCGGACCUUCGCUUUCUGCAGGUGCAGAGAGCGGCCGUCGCCGACCCAGCACGAGCCUCCGAGUGGGCCGGCAAGAAACUCUGCUGGGUACCUCACGAAAAGGACGGAUUUGUCGCCGGAUCAAUAAAAAAAGAAACGAACGACGAGGUGAUCGUCGAGAUCUGCGAUACUGGAAAAACAGUCACGAUAAGUAAGGAUGACGUCCAGAAGGCGAACCCUCCAAAGUUCGACAAGGUCGAGGACAUGUCAGAACUGACUUAUCUGAAUGAGGCGUCUGUUCUUCACAAUCUCAAGGAGCGUUACUUUAGUUCUCUUAUUUAUACGUAUUCGGGUCUUUUCUGCGUGGUGAUUAAUCCAUACAAGCGCCUGCCAAUAUAUUCGGAAAGUUUGAUCGAGGAAUUUAAGGGUAAAAAGAGGCACGAGAUGCCACCCCACAUCUUUGCUAUAGCCGAUUCAGCCUACCGUUCCAUGCUACAAGAUCGCGAAGACCAAUCCAUUCUUUGCACUGGUGAGUCCGGAGCUGGCAAAACAGAGAAUACAAAGAAAGUCAUCCAGUAUCUGGCACAUGUCGCUGGGGCGACUCGAUCCAAAGGAGGACCGCAGGCACCUGCAACAUCCCCUGCAAAACACGAUCAGUAUCGGAAUUCUAUCGGUGAGCUGGAACAUCAGCUUUUGCAAGCAAAUCCGAUUCUAGAAGCAUUUGGUAACAGUAAAACUGUAAAGAAUGACAAUUCAUCCCGUUUUGGAAAGUUCAUUCGGAUCAACUUUGAUAUGUCCGGAUACAUCUCGGGAGCUAACAUCGAGUUUUAUCUGCUUGAGAAGUCCAGGACAUUACGCCAAGCCCCGGAUGAGCGAAGUUUUCACAUUUUCUACCAAUUUUUACGCGGCACCUCUCCGGCAGAGAAAGCUAGCUACUUACUCGAAGAUAUCGAUAAGUAUCGAUUCUUGGUAAAUGGAAAUAUCACGCUGCCGAAUGUUGAUGAUGCACAAGAAUUCCAAAGCACUCUCAAGUCUAUGCGGAUCAUGGGAUUUGCAGAGGAUGAGAUUACUUCUGUGCUUCGUGUUGUGUCAGCAACAAUACUUAUGGGUAACUUCGAAUUCACACAAGAAAAGAAGUCUGAUCAAGCAAUACUUCCCGAUGACAGAGUGAUCCAAAAAGUAUGCCAUCUACUGGGUCUUCCAGUUAUCGAGUUGACCAAGGCGUUUUUGAGGCCGAGAAUCAAGGUUGGUCGUGAGUUUGUGAACAAAGCUCAGAAUAAAGAGCAGGCUGAAUUUGCCGUUGAAGCCAUAGCCAAAGCUUCCUAUGAACGAAUGUUCAAGUGGCUUGUGAAUCGCAUUAACAAAUCCCUUGAUCGAACUCGCCGCCAAGGAGCUUCCUUCAUCGGCAUUCUUGAUAUUGCAGGUUUCGAGAUAUUUGAGCUGAACUCGUUUGAGCAGCUUUGUAUCAACUUCACAAAUGAAAAACUGCAACAACUGUUCAACAACACAAUGUUUAUCAUGGAGCAAGAGGAAUAUCAACGAGAAGGAAUUGAAUGGCAGUUCAUUGAUUUUGGUCUCGACCUUCAACCAACAAUUGAUUUGAUUGAAAAACCAAUGGGCUUGCUGGCUCUAUUGGAUGAACAAUGUCUGUUCCCGAAGGCUACCGAUAAGACACUUGUGGAGAAGUUGCAGAAGACGCACAGCAAACAUCCUAAAUUCAUAGUUCCGGAUAUGCGUGCCAAGAGUGACUUUGCCGUCGUGCAUUAUGCAGGCCGUGUUGAUUACUCUGCUGACCAGUGGCUCAUGAAGAACAUGGAUCCGCUCAACGAAAACGUUGUUGCCCUUAUGCAGGCAUCAACGGAUCCGUUCGUAUGUGGAAUUUGGAAAGACGCUGAAUUCGCGGGAAUAUGUGCUGCUGAAAUGAACGAGACCGCAUUUGGUGUACGCGCUAAGAAGGGCAUGUUCCGAACCGUAUCUCAGUUGCACAAGGAGCAACUUACUCGGCUUAUGACCACUCUGAGAAACACAAGCCCACAUUUCGUGCGAUGUAUAAUCCCUAAUCACGAAAAGAAGGCUGGUAAAAUCAACUCUAUGCUGGUUUUGGAACAGCUGCGAUGUAACGGCGUAUUGGAGGGUAUUCGUAUCUGUAGGCAAGGAUUCCCGAAUAGGGUGCCAUUCCAAGAAUUCCGACAUCGCUAUGAAAUUCUGACCCCUAAUGUCAUCCCUCGCGGCUUCAUGGAUGGAAAAGAAGCUGUCAAGAAGAUGAUUGAGUAUUUGGAAAUUGACUCGAAUCUGUAUCGCAUCGGUCAGUCGAAGGUAUUUUUCCGAACGGGUGUACUCGCGCAUCUUGAGGAGGAGAGGGACCUGAAACUGACCGAUCUGAUCAUCCAGUUCCAAGCUCAGUGCCGUGCAUUCCUGGCAAGACGCCUAUACGUGAAGAGGAUGCAACAGUCCAGUGCCAUUCGAGUACUACAACGAAAUGGUUUGGCCUGGAUGAAGUUGAGGAAUUGGCAGUGGUGGAGACUCUUCACAAAGGUGAAACCGCUUCUGCAAGUGACCAACCAGGAAGCGGCUAUUUCUGCCAAAGAGGAUGAGUUACGCAUUGUCCGUGAGAAGCUGGAUCAGAUCGAGACCGAAUAUAAAGAGAGUCUAGGAAAGAUAGACCAAGUUAUGGCUGAGAGGAAUGUUCUACAAGAUCAGUUGCAACAAGAAACGGAUAAUAAUGCUGAACUUGAAGAAGUGAAGAAUCGGCUGCAGUUGAAGAAAAAUGAGCUUGAAGAAAUGGUUAACGAAAUGCGCGAUCGUCUUGUAGAUGAAGAACAACGCACGGAGAAGAUGUCGUUAGAAAAGAAGAAACUUGUUGAAACUGUUCGAGAUCUCGAGGAACAGCUAGAACAAGAGGAGCAAGCUCGGCAGAAACUCCAACUUGACAAGGCCAAUGUUGAUCAGCGAGUCAAGAAUGUAGAGACUAAACUUGUGGAUAUCACGGACGCUCAUGACAAACUACUCAAAGAAAAGCGGAUCUUGGAAGACAAGAUGAACCAGCUAAACUUACAACUCAGCGAAGAAGAGGAGCGGGUGAAGCAGGUUGCCAGACAACGUGGAAAGGUUGAAGGACAUGUGCAAGAACUAGAACAAGAACUUCUCCGAGAACGCCAGAUCAAGGGUGAACUGGAGCAGCAGAAGCGUAAGCUCAUUAGUGAGUUGGACGAUAGCCGUGAGCUGUUGGAAGAAAAGCGAAGCAAGCUCGAGGAGCUCAACGGUCAAUUAAUGAAAAGAGAAGAAGAACUUUCACAAGUUUUGACGAGGUCCGAUGAAGAAGCUGCUACAAUUGCUCUUCUGCAGAAGCAGAUCCGUGACAUGCAAGCAACGAUUGAUGAGUUGCGGGAAGACAUAGAGACAGAAAGAGCUGCUCGAAACAAAGCUGAAAUGGCUCGCAGAGAAGUUGUUGCUCAGCUGGAAAAAGUGAAGGGUGACAUGCUUGACAAAGUGGAUGAAACCAGUGUUCUUCAAGACAUUAUGCGAAGGAAGGAAGACGAAGUUCGAGAUCUUAAGAAAGCUCUUGAAAGUAGCACUCAUACGCUGGAAAACAAGUUAGAAGAACAGAAAUUGAAAUAUAAUCGGCAAGUAGAGGAGCUUCACGAAAAACUUGAACUGCAGAAAAAGCUCAACACACAACAAGAGAAGUACAAGCAUCAAGUGGAUAGUGAAAGAGCGGAGCUGGCCCAAGAGCUUGCCAAUAUCCAAGCACAGAAAGCUGAAGCGGACAAGCGCCGCAAACAACAGGAAGUACAGUAUUUGGAUAUGCAGUCUCAACUGGCUGAGUGCGAUGAGCAUCGUCUCCAAGUCAUAGAGCAGCUUGAAAAGGCACGUGAAGAACUUGAGCAUAUCAGCCGUGCCCGUGAAGAUGAGGAACAAAACGUCUCCAAUUUGAAUAGAAAGAUAGCGGCGCUUGAAGAGCAGCUUCAUGAGCUUGCUGAUCAGGUUCAGGAAGAAACCCGCGCCAAACUUGCUCAAAUCAACCGAGUACGUCAGCUUGAGGAAGAAAAGGCAACUGUGGCCGAAGAACGCGAUGAGAUGGAUGCUACACGUCAACAUCUCGAACGAGACAUCGGUGUUCUUCGUUUGCAACUGGCUGAAGCCCGCAAGAAGGCCGACGAAGGUGUCAUCCAGCAAAUGGAGGAGCUGAGAAAGAAGGCGCAGCGCGACCUUGAAAAUACUCAACACCAACUUGAAGAAAGUGAAGCCAGCAAAGAGCGACUGAUCCAAAGCAAGAAGAAGCUUCAGCAGGAGCUAGAAGAUGCUAACAUCGAGCUUGAGAACAUUCGCACAGCUUCAAGAGAAAUGGAGAAGAGGCAAAAGAAGUUUGAUAUGCAGCUGGCCGAGGAGCGCGCUAACGUCCAAAAGGCAAUUCUUGAAAGAGAUGCGCACGCACAGGAGUCACGUGACCGUGAAACCCGAAUCCUAUCCUUAACAAAUGAACUCGAGCAAAUGAAGGCAUCCAUUGACGAAACUGAAAGAGUUCGCCGCAUGCUUCAACUUGAGCUGGAUGAGUCGAUCUCAUCGAAAGAUGACGUUGGAAAGAGUGUGCAUGAACUAGAAAAGGCAAAACGGAUGUUGGAACAGACUGUACAAGAGCAAAAGGCAACCAUCGAAGAACUCGAGGAUCAACUAGGAUUCGCCGAAGAUGCUAGGCUCCGACUCGAAGUCAAUAUCCAGGCUCUUCGUGCUGAACAAGACCGCAAUCUUAGCGCGAAAGAUCAGGAAGCCGAGGAUAAGCGUAGAAGUCUAGUAAAGCAGUUGCGCGAUCUUGAGCAAGAGCUGGAGAAUGAGCGCCGAAGCAAAGCUGGAGCGAUCAGUCAAAAGAAGAAAAUGGAGGCUCAUACUGCAGAAAUCGAACAGCAGCUUGAUGUGGCAAAUCGACUCAAGGAUGACUAUAACAAACAACUCAAGAAGAAUCAGCAGAUGAUCAAAGAAUACCAACAUGACAGUGAAGAAGCUCGUCAAAUGAAGGAAGAAAUUGCUUCACAGCUUAGAGAUAUAGAACGCAGAUUGAGGUCAGCGGAAGCAGAAAAUCAACGCUUGGCGGAAGCUAAUGAGCUGCUUACAUCCCAGAAAAGGCAACUCGAGCAAGAAAAAGAUGAGCUAGAAGAGCUUCGCGGCCGAGGAGGGAGCUUCUCUUCCGAGGAGAAACGCCGAUUGGAACAAAAGAUAGCCCAACUGGAGGAAGAUUAUGAGGAAGAACAGAAUAACGCCGAAAUUGCCAUUGAUAAGCAGCGGAAGGCUCAGCAGCAGCUGGAGCAGCUUACAACCGAGUUGUCAAUGGAGCGCUCAGUUGCGCAAAAAUCUGAGGCUGAACGUCAAGGUUUGGAACGUCAAAAUCGUGAGCUCAAAGCAAAGAUAGCCGAACUUGAGAGCACAGCCCAGUCAAGAGCCCGAGCGCAGAUAGCAGCCUUGGAAGCCAAAAUACAGUAUCUUGAAGAGCAGAAUAGCGUGGAAAGCCAAGAACGUCAUAAUGCUACUAGGCAAUUUAGACGGAUCGAGAAACGUCUUCAUGACACAAUUCUACAGCUUGAAGAUGAGAGGCGAAAUGUUGAGCAGCAGAAAGAAAUCGCUGAGAAAUGCAAUCUACGAGCGAAGCAGAUGCGCCGCCAGCUAGAUGAGCAAGAAGAGGAGAUGACAAGGGAACGCGCCAAGUCUAGAAAUCUCCAAAGAGAAAUCGACGACCUUACAGAAGCCAAUGACACGCUUACUCGGGAGAAUAACAACUUGCGAGGUGGAGCUGCGCGUCGAAAUCGCGAAAAUAUGCGACUGCGAUCGGCAUACCAAAUUCCUGGAUCUAGCGACAAUUUGACUAGAAACGACGAUGAAGAUGGUAGCAUAGGAACUGAAGCGCAUGAUGUGCGACUCACACUUGUCAUAAAAUUCGGUCAAAGUUUAUAUGUUGUGAAGCGACAAAGCUACGGCAGUGUUCUCGAAGAAUCAGAGGUUGUCCGACAAGAUCGUGAACAGCAGAAGAAGCAUUUCGAAACCACCGCAUGCGAAUUGAAGAACACGAUCGAGGCUCUCAAAGUCAAGGUGCGGGAACCUGAAGAAAAGAACGCGAAGUCGGCGCGUGAGGUUGAACGAGACCUGCUCGAUCAAAUCGUCCGAGUGAAUGAAGAGAAAGAACAGCUCAGUAGUCAGAUAUCGCUUUUGAAAACGGAUUUAUCAAAGGAGAGAAGUGCAAGAACACAAAUGGAGAAAGACAUGAUUGCGAGUCGCGUGGAGAUGGAAUUACAGAAUUCCAAGCUCGAGGAGAUGAGCGAAUGUCUGAGUACUGUUCAAUCAGCUAAUUCGGAGCAGUCAGAAUCAUUGAUUCGCUUAGAACAAGAGCUCGAAGCCAAAAAAGAAGAAAACGUAAGUCAAGGAGUUAAUGCAACUAUAUUUGGGCUCAUAUUCUUAUCGAAUCUGCUCUGUGCACUCCUGGCUGGAUUGGAGCUGGUUUCUCCAGCUCAAUGA